GAAUUAUCCGAACUGCCCUUCCAAAUAUGGACAGAGAAGCUAAGGAAGAGUAUCACGUUGUAAUACAGGCAAAAGAUAUGGGAGGACACAUGGGAGGCCUCUCAGGGACAACCAAAGUGACAAUUACACUUACAGAUGUCAAUGACAACCCACCAAAGUUCCCACAAAGUGUGUACCAGAUGUCAGUGUCGGAAGCAGCUGUCCCAGGAGAGGAAGUAGGAAGAGUGAAGGCCAAAGAUCCAGACAUUGGCGAAAAUGGCUUAGUAGCUUACAGCAUCAUUGAUGGAGAUGGCAUGGAUAUGUUUGAAAUUACAACAGAUUAUGAGACUCAGGAAGGUGUUAUAAAGCUUAAGAAGCUCUUAGAUUUUGAAACCAAAAAGUCCUACAGUCUGAAGGUAGAGGCAGCCAAUGUACAUAUUGAUCCGAAGUUCAUAAGCAAUGGGCCAUUUAAGGACACAGUAACAGUGAAGAUAUCAGUGGAAGAUGCUGAUGAGCCACCUGUAUUUUUAAAGCCAAGUUAUGUUUUUGAAGUACAAGAAAAUGCAGCAGUUGGUACUGUGGUUGGAAAAGUACAUGCCAAAGACCCUGAUGCUGCUAACAGUGCUAUAAGGUAUGCUUCAUUAGAGCAGGCUGUUUCUUACUAA